CUCCGCUCCUCUCCAGUGAGCGCCGUGCGGGCUGCUGGCGGCUGCGGUGGGACCAGGUGUUGGAUUUAGCCGGAGCGCUGCUGUGAAGGGGCAGUUCUGCCUUCUGUACCUUAAUGCCCCCGUCCCCAGCUGCCCUCCUUGCCAGCUCCCAUCCUGCUACUAGCACCUAGCCCUAUCCCCUCCCCGUCCUCCUGCCUUACCAUGCCCCUCACUCCGCUCCACGCCGCUGUACGGCACUAGCUGUCCUCCCUCCACCCCUCCCCGACCGAGCUGCCCCCGUCAUGUCCCUCCAGCAAAGGGAGGCGAUCUACUCGAGGUCGGGGUAAAGGCCUAGUCUGCAGAGCUCCUUCCGUCCUCCUGCUUCACCCCUCCCCGCUGCCUCACACACUUACACACACCGAGCCCAGCAUCAGCAAUCAUCAUGGCAGAGGAGCAACAACAACAACAAGCGGCGAAGAAGCAGCGGCCCGAGCAGCCUCAGCUGCCCUCCUCUUCUCCACUGCCAACCCUGGUGACAGGACUGCAAGGGACAGAGGCCAAUGCACUGCAACAGAAGAUCAAGAACUCCAUCUGUAAAUCCAUACAGUCAAAAGUGGACUGCAUUUUGCAAGAAGUUGAGAAGUUUACAGAUCUUGAGAAACUCUACCUCUACCUCCAACUGCCUUCUGGUCCUAGCAAUGUGGAGAAAAGUGAUCAGAGCUCAUUGUCAUCUAGCCGAGCUCAGCAAACUCAUGCAUUCUCCUGGAUUCGGAAUACCUUAGAGGAGCACCCAGAGACUUCUCUGCCAAAGCAGGAGGUUUACGAUGAGUAUAAGAGCUAUUGUGACAAUCUUGGCUAUCACCCACUAAGUGCUGCUGACUUUGGAAAGAUUAUGAAAAAUGUAUUUCCAAACAUGAAGGCACGACGCCUGGGCACAAGAGGGAAAUCAAAAUAUUGCUACAGUGGAUUGAGGAAGAAAGCUUUCGUGCACAUGCCAUCACUGCCUAAUCUGGAUUUUAACAAGACAGGAGAUGGGCUGGAUGGAAUGGAAGUAUCGGCUCAGCUGCAGAAUGCGGAUGAGGAGGUUGUGUCCGCAGCCUGUCGCCUUGUUUGUGAGUGGGCUCAGAAGGUCCUAAGUCAGCCAUUUGAUUCUGUUUUGGACUUAGCUCGUUUUCUGGUGAAAAGCCAUUACAUUGGUACUAAAUCUAUGGCAGCAUUAACUGUAAUGGCGGGAGAUUCUGCAGGAUUGAAAGGAAUAACGCAGACAUCUGCUUUUGUGCCUAUGUCUGAAAGCAAUGCUUUCCACCCUCAAGUGAAGACCCUUGCUUCUCCUGUCGAUGCCAAGCAACAAUUGCAGAGGAAAAUCCAGAAAAAGCAGCAAGAACAAAAGCUCCAGUCACCUUUACCAGGAGAACUGCAGAUGAAGAAACAAGAUGGGCCUGCACCCAAUGGAAUAACGAGUAUUUGUAAUGGAAGCCCUGCAAUCCUUUCUCCUCAGCCUAUUGGAAUUGUUGUGGCUGCUGUUCCCAGUCCAAUUCCGGUACAAAGAACACGGCCACUUGUGACCUCGCCUAGUCCCAUCGGAUCUGAGGGGAAGGUCCUACCGCUAAAUGUUCAAGUAGUCACUCAGCACAUGCAGUCUGUAAAGCAGUCACCAAAGACUCCCCAAAAUGUUCCAGCAAGUCCAGUUGGUGAUCGAUCUGCUAGACAUCGCUACGCUCAGAUUUUGCCUAAGCCAGCCAGUUCUAAUCCUUUGACGAUCCGUUCACCCACCACUGUGGUUAUCACCAGUAGCCCAAUUAAAAAUGUGGUGCCAGCAUCACAUGUCAGUGCUCUGAAUGUUGUGAAAAUGAUCUCUCUCGCUCCCAGUACUGCUAGUACUUCUGUAAAACAAACAACACCUGUCAGCAGCAUUGGAUGUUCAGUAGAUGACAGCAGGACUGUGCCACAAAUCAAGAAUGGCUCUGUCAUUUCUUUGCAAUCUCCUGUACCUCGG